AUGCCACUGGAAUCAUCUUCCUCUUCGAUGCCGCUAUUUCCUUCUCCCUUACCCUCAGUACCAGACAAUAUUUCUGACUCUUCCCCUCCCCCAAUGUCUUACAUCACUUCCCAGGAGAUGAAGUGUAUUCUUCACUGGUUUGCUAGCUGGUCAGGUCCCCAGCGUGAACGUUUCCUACAGGACCUGGUAGCCAAGGCAGUGCCAGGAAAAUUACAGCCACUGCUGGAAGGUCUGGAGCAGCUUAGUGUAUCUGGAGCAAACCGACCACCGUGUAUCUUUGAGUGCCAGCUGCGUCUUUGGGAUCAGUGGUUUCGAGGUUGGGCUGAACAGGAGCGCAAUGAAUUCAUCAGGCAGUUGGAGGUCAGUGAGCCAGACUUCGUGGCAAAGUUUUACCAAGCAGUGGCUGCUACAGCUGGUAAAGACUGACAGACAUGAAAAUCAAAGAUGAAAACCAUAGCUGAUGGAGCCAAGGCCACAACUCUACUGUGAGAACUUCAGAUGUAUCACUUGAAUGUUUGGGGAUGGGAUCCUGAUUAGCUGGCUAAACUCGCUGCGCAGUACGGGUCCGAUGAUUUCAAUGGGAACAGCAUAUCAACUGGACUCCUAGUGUAAAUGUUUUCCAUCUGAGCAAAUCCAGAUCAGCAGUCUGCUUCCUAGCUUGCUUCUUUUCAAAAGAUGUCAGACUUUCAAGAAUUUAAAGGCUUCUUUUGCAACUAUAACAAAAAGGAACCUACACAUUAUAACUCAAGCCUACUGCUGGCCCAUGGGCAUAUAAAGUGGAGCCCUCCUACUCUAGAAACAAGAGAGAAGGGCAAUAAAAGGCCAUGUUUUUAUAAUUUAGCUGGAUUCAGAUGGCUGGUUUCAUCACCUUUGCCAGAUUUUGGCAUAAUUAUGUGACAUCCCAACUGCUAGCUUUCCUAGUGAUGAUUUAGUAAAAUUAUGGAAAAAAUCAGGAGGGAGUUAGUUAGUUACUCCUUCCUCCAUGCUGAUGUUUGUUUGAAUCCAAAUAGCAAUGACUUUUCUAAAGCAUAUGUGACAUCCUUGGAACUGGUAGCAGAUGUUCCUAUUCUGUAAGUUUGCUUUACAACAAUGUGAAAACAAGUGACACUUUUUACAGGUUGAAGGGUUUUAUUUUUUUUCUAUCAAAAUAAAGAAUGAAUUUUCAGAACCAAAAA